AUGUCAAAAACACGCCAGCUACUUCAUGGAGACUUGACAUACUCGCAUGCGAAGGCUAAGGAAAUUAAUAUCUUACACCAACUUAGUUACCCCGGUCAACAAACUCAAUUCUUUGCUCUUCUCCAAAACAAGUGCAGCUGGAUAAGAGUUAUUGUCGCCCAUCAUCGGAACCUCCCCUCUAUUAACGCGUGCCAGAAACGACAAUCGGGGAACCGUGGUCUAGUUCACUUCCCAUUACCACAUCGUAUCGGAGAGAAUUUUCGACGUGGAAAUAGAAACAAAAAAAUUCGGUGUGAAGCAGGAACGUAUGCCUGGUUUGGAAUGGCUACCGGGGAAACUUUCACUCGAACUGAGAAUCUUCCAGUUUUGACUCGUUGUAUACAAGAUUUGCACCAUCGCGUGUUGUUUUUUCUCGGCCGCCCAUCCCCUUCGAUAUAUCCGUUAUCAAUGUUGUCGUCUACCUGGAGUUUGAAGCGCGAGGACGUGAAGAUACCACUCCAUAGGAUUGGAUCUUUUAUUAUUAACAACAAUAGAUUUAUAUGUUUUAAAAACCGACUACUGUCACUUGGUAUCCAAGACCUCGAAAAUAAACGCAUCCUAACGGAUAUAUCACAAGAUUAUAUCCGGCUUCGCUAUCAGCUAAACGCCAUUAAUAACCUUGUAAACUAUAUUUAUCAAAUCUCUUCUUUUACGACCAUACGGGUAAUAUUUCUAUUAUUUUUCAAUCGUAACUAUCGUCGCGGGCCUUUUAUUUUCUCGUUAACGGAUCUAUAUCCAAGCAAUAUCUUUGUUGAUAAGAACUGGAAUAUAACCGCUCUUACUAAGAAAGAGGGCUCCUGUUUUUCUAUUUACAAAGAUAGUUUUUCAGUCUCGCUACAGCUAUUAUACAUAAUGAGCGUAGUCUGGUACAAGGGAACUUUCUGGUAUAAUUUAGCUUUGUCAAGCCCCACAGGACGCUUUGCGAUCUUUGACAAGGAACUUCAACCAAGAUUUAUUGAUAAAUAUACCGAUCACGAUGCCUUUUAUGAAAUUAUACCAUAG